CAAUCUGAGCUCAUUCCGUUCUCCGUUUCAUUUCUCCAUGGCACAUCCUACUAUGUUCCUUGGUCUUCUGAUAGUAACAUACUUUAGUGUUUCUCAAGCUGAAAAUGCUUUCUCACAGUACUGGGAAGAUCAUAUUACUCUUUCACAUCCUCCACAUUGGAUGGCUGCAAAAGCUUCUCCAUUAAGCCUCCAUCAGAUGUCAUUGUUUAUGAAACUUAUAGAAGAAAAUGAAUUGGCUUCCCACCUAUCUUCAUUUUGUAAGUUGGCUAAUGUUGCUUGUUCUACAAAUGCAUUGGUGAAGAACACUAUAAUGGACAAAACACUGCCACCAAUAGCCCUAUUUAGUGGUGAGAAAAAUAAAUAUGAUGAUCUUCCAAAUGAAACACCCCUAUCAAUUGCUAGCCAAGGGGGUUUGCCAUAUUUUCGACAAUCAAUGGUGAAACAGAGUGGUUUCAUGCCUAUCCCUGAUCUAAGGGACCCUGUGUCAUAUAAAUCAUUCCUGCCGCGACCUUUGGCAUCAAAAAUCCCAUUUUCCUUUGCUCGGAUUGAAGAAUUGAAGAAGCUUUUUGGUGUGGUAGAUGAAUCAAACAUGGAUGAUUAUAUAAAACGCAGCCUCGAGAUAUGUGAGAUGAGUCCAACUCAAGAUGAGCAGAGAACUUGUGUGACUUCUGCUGAAGAUCUCAUUGAUUUUGUUGUGGAUAAAUUAGGGCACCAUGUAAACAUAUGGAGUACUGAGAAUGUUGAAGGAUCUUAUGAGAAUGUCACAAUUGGAGAUGUGAAACUCAUCCAUGGAAACCUCUCUGAACCACCAGCCUUAUGUCAUAGUAUACCAUUCCUAUUUCAACUUUAUUAUUGUCAUGUUUUACCUAAAGUAAAAGUAUAUGCCGUUGAUAUACAUGGUAGAAAGAAAGUGAAUCAUGCAAUCAUGGCAUGCCAUUAUGAUACAUCAACUUGGAAUCCAAACCAUCUUGCUUUUAAGUUGAUAGGUUUUGGACCGGGUCUUAUUGAAGUUUGUCAUUGGAUAAAUGAGAAUGGAGUGGUCUGGACAAAGGUACUCUAG